AGGCAUCACAUUACUAUUACCAGGUUCAAUUCCCAUUUAAUUUUCUAACUAUGCCUUCUUUUUCUUUUCUCACUUUUGUCCUAAACAAGCAAAUGCGUGUUUCAAAAAUUGUUGCUAUUUUUUUUAAACCACUUCUUACGAAAUUUUGUUUACUGUUUUUUUUUUUUUAAAAAGACAUCUUUUCCAUCUGCGAUAGCAAAAGCGAAGUCCUAUUUAUAAAAAGAAAAUAAAAUUGAAAACAUAUUUUUUAAUCAAAUAAAUCCAUCCUGAUAUAAGGAGAAGCAGAACUGUAUUCAUCAUUCAUGCAUAACUCUCUCUCCCUCUCUCAGAAAAUAUAUUAUACAAGAAAGAAAGCUUUUUUUUGCAAGUAGUUGAUAAGGUAUAUAAGCUAUCCCCUUUUAACAAAUCACUGCACCACCUUCCAAUUCAAGAAAUUCCAAUUUUCCUUAUUAUUUCAUAAUCAAAUCUAUCUUCUGCUUUUCUCACAUUAAACUUUGUGUCCAAUCCGAGCCGAGGAUCUGCUGCAUAGCCUUCUUUCCUCGAACAACAGCAUGACAGUCAUCAGAUGAUGAACAUAGAGUGUUGUUAGUAGUAAUAGAGGCUUAUUAAGGCCCUGAGCCCCUGACUGCUGUGCUGGGUCAUGUCUUGCAAUGGGAUGGCUUUUUUCCCAGCAAAUUUCAUGCUCCAAUCUCCUCAUGAAGAAGAUCAUCAACCCUCAACUUCUAUCAAUCAAAUGCUUCCUUCUUGCCCGCCCCAAGACUUCCAUGGUGUGGCAUCAUUUCUUGGGAAGAGAUCAAUGUCAUUUUCAGGGAUAGAUGUGUGCGAAGAAGCAAAUGGGGAGGAUGAUUUAUCAGAUGAUGGUUCACAGGCAGGAGAAAAGAAGAGAAGACUUAACAUGGAGCAGGUAAAGACUCUUGAGAAGAACUUUGAGUUGGGUAAUAAGCUUGAACCUGAGAGAAAAAUGCAGCUGGCUAGGGCUCUUGGUUUGCAACCAAGGCAGAUUGCUAUUUGGUUUCAAAACAGAAGAGCUAGAUGGAAAACCAAGCAGCUCGAAAAAGACUAUGAUCUCCUUAAGAGACAGUACGAAGCGAUCAAAGCAGAUAAUGAUGCACUCCAAGCUCAGAACCAAAAGCUGCAUGCUGAGAUAAUGACACUGAAGAGCAGAGAACCAACCGAGUCUAUCAACCUUAAUAAAGAAACUGAAGGUUCUUGCAGUAACAGAAGUGAGAACAGCUCAGAUGUGAAGUUGGAUAUCUCAAGAACACCAGCAAUUGACAGCCCCUUAUCUACUCAUCCAACAAGCAGAACCUUCUUCCCAACAUCCAUUAGGCCAACAGGUGGUGCUGCACAACUAUUCCAAACCUCAUCGUCAAGGCCUGAUCACCAUCAUCCAUGUCAAAAGAUGGAUCAAAUGGUUAAAGAAGAAAGCCUCAGCAACAUGUUCUGCACCAUUGAAGAUCAAACUGGGUUUUGGCCAUGGCUUGAGCAACCACAUUUCAAUUGAUUCAUAGUGUGAACUCAUUGACCAUGCUGUCAAACUUGGAACGUUCUUGAUCUAGAGAGGGAAACUGCUGGUCAUAUAUAAUCAUAAUAUUGAAUGUUUUGGUGCCUUCAGAGUGGUGUAUAAAAGUUGAAUUAUAUUCAGUUUAAGACUUUUCAUCAGGAGGGGCUGAAAAGAUAAUUAUGGAGGAAUAAAAGUGUGUCUUUUGGGUUAUAUAGAUAUAUAUAUAUAUCAGGUUUGCUAGGCUUAUUAGAGAGAGAAAUGUUUGCUAGUUUAGAUUAAUGCGAGAAGAAUAUCCAAGUUAAUAAUAACUUAGUAAUUUUGCUGGUGAUGACUAGUUGGUUUGCAGCAGCAUGCAGCUCUAGCUAGCCUAGCAUGGGCCAUGAAAACAAUAAAAAAAGGGGAUUCUCUCUUGGUUCCAUA